CCUCUGCUACUCCUUUCCAAGCACUGCUUCAUUAUUUUAUAUUUCAAAUACUAAUGGAUCGAGCCCAGGAAUUAGAUUCCCUGUCCCUAGAAAUUUUACAGUUUCACUAGAGAGAGAGAGACAGAGAGAGAGAAUAGUUUUGUAAGGCUGCUGAAGAGAAGGGUUCUCUCUUUUAUCCUUAUGCCUGAACUGGAAGAAAGUUGUAGGUAGAUUCUGUAGUAUUUUGGUUUGUCUGAUGAUGGAUCUUUUAUGAUGUAUUCUUGCUUAUCAUCUUUGCUUCUGCAUCAUGGGGAUCAAGUAGAGAAACCAUUGGUCAUUUCUUUGUUCCUUGAACUAGAUUUCCGCGAACUUGUGACCUUCAUCCUUAUGUCAACUUGAGUCUUUGAGGAAGAGUAUCGGGUUGGUCAUUGGUGUGUGCCCCAUUUGGGAAAUGUGCUUUGUUUUUGUUUCUCCACUCAGGAUCUUCUUCCGUGGCUGAAAAAGUUUUUGGCUUUGAACUUUUGAAUCUGAGAGGCCCACAAGCUAUCUGCACAUAAAAUCAUUAAAUGUUUCUUCUUUUGGCUCUUCUCCUGUAGUCAUUUUUUACAUUGGUCUUUCAUCAGAUUCACCAUUUUGUGCAAUUACCAACAUGAACUACAGCAAGUUUGUAAGUUUUCUUGUUGGUCUUCUGGGAAAUGACUGGUUUCAACAGCUUUGCUCUUGAGAAUCCAUUAGUAGGACUAUAUGGCAUCCAUUCUUCGACAGGAAAUGAAGAUUUAAUCUAUUCUAGGAUUCUGGUUUUUCAGCAUUGUUUGAAUUUUCGAGAUAUUACAACUGCCACCAAGCUUGUAUUUUCUUCAUGGAUGCAGCAUCACCAUCUCAACUUCCUCAAGAGUCAUUAUCUCUAGAUAUCUUAGCUUUGGAGGAAGAGAGUUCUGUAGUUCCAACUAAGCCUCUGACCAUCAGGACAUCAAGUUCCUGCAGCAGCCAAUCGAGUAGUAAGAAAUCUCUCCCUGUAUCUCCUUCCGAUUUGCUUUCACCAUGCAUAAAGAGCUCAAUUGAAUCAUCCCCAUUGAAUUCCCCAUCCCUCAUCUCUCCACCAUCAUCAGCAUUCGUUUCAGCUUUACAAUCACCUUACAUAUCUCCAAGGGCCUUGCUUCCACCGCCCCCAGAAAACGCGACUCCAUCUACUACACCAGAAAACGUGACUCCAUCUACUACGCCAGAAAACCCAACUCCAGCAACACAUCCAUCUCCUCCGGUUUCUUACUGUGGCUCUGUAUCUGAUGAUAUCCCAAGCUCUUCCUACACCCCUCCACCAGAAAGAUUGGAUUUCUGCGAUGACCCAUCUGACCAAAAGCUUAAAUUUGUGACCUGUGCUCCAGUUCCUGACACUGCACCUCCCCGAAUCUCAUUUACCUUCCCUGUCCCUCGGAUUUCCUUUGCAAAAACCUCAGUUUCUAGCUCUCCCAAUGCAAAACUCAGGAGCUGUGAUGUUUAUAUAGGCUUUCAUGGCCAGAAUUCCAAUCUGAUACGCUUCUGUAAGUGGCUUAAAUCAGAGCUUGAGCUCCAGGGAAUAGCUUGUUUUGUUGCAGACAGAGCUAAAUAUUCAAAUACUCAGAGCCAUGAGAUUGCUGAUAGAAUUAUUUGCUCAGCCACUUAUGGUGUUGUGGUUGUCACGAGUUCAAGCUUUCUCAAUCGUCUCAGCAUUGAGGAGAUCAGAUUCUUCACCCAGAAGAAGAACCUGGUCCCCUUGUUGUUUGAUACGGACCCUACUGAGAUUGCUGGCCUUCUCAAUCGUAGUUCAGAUGAUAAGGAGUGGAAAGAAGUAAUUGACAGCUUGAUAAAAUCACAUGAAUUCAAGCUGGAGGCGAAUGAGAGUAAUUGGAGAAGUUGUGUAUCUAGAGCUGCUGGGAUUUUAAGUGCAAAGCUCGGCAGGAAGAGUGUUGCUGAGAAGGAGAUGGAAUAUCUUGAAGAGUUCCCAUUCCCAAGAAACAGAUACUUUUUAGGAAGAGAGAAGGAGAUGAUGGAGAUUGAGACUGCGUUUUUUGGAUGUGGGGAUUCUUUUGAUCAUGACUGUUCCAAGCCAAUUAUGAAAGGAGAAUCAGAUGGGGUCUCAGAAGGCUUUGCAGAUGAGGAAAGUGACACUCUCAGAACCAGAGGAGGAGGAUACAUUAAUUUGGAGUUGAGGAAGUGCAAGGAACCUAAGUUAGAAGCAUGGAUUGAACCGGUAAUGGCAAAAAGUCCAUCUAAGAGGGCAAAACAUAAGAAAUCAAAGAGUGGGAACAAUAAAAGUCUCAGUUCUGUGGUCUGUAUUAAUGGUGUUUCAGGUAUCGGAAAGACAGAGCUGGCAUUGGAGUUUGCUUACAGGUAUUCACAGAGAUACAAGAGGGUGCUCUGGAUAGGUGGAGAAGCUCGGUAUUUCAGGCAGAACAUAUUGAACCUAUCAAUUAUUCUGGGGUUGGACGUGAGUGCAGAAGCAGAGAAAGAAAGAGGGAGGAUCCGAAGCUUUGAGGAACAAGAAUUUGAAGCAUUUCAGAGAGUUAAGAAAGAGCUGUUUCGAGACAUGCCAUAUUUACUCAUCAUUGAUAAUCUAGAAACUGAGAAGGAAUGGUGGGAAAGGAAGGAUCUGCAUGACUUUAUCCCAAGGAAUACUGGGGCAUCCCAUGUGAUUGUCACAACUCGGCUCUCAAAGGUGAUGAACUUUGAUCCAAUGCCACUCCAACCAUUGUCUUUGCCUGAUGCAAUGAUUUUGAUCAGAGGAAGGCGAAAGAAAGACUAUCCAAAUGAAGAGUUGGAGUUUCUUAGGAAGUUCAUUGACAGAUUGGGAAGCUCAAGCUUUGGAUUGUGGAUAAUUGGGUCACUACUCUCUGAGAUCUCAAUUUCUCCAUCAUCUCUCUUCGAAGCUGUGAACCAGGCAUCAAUUGAUGAAUGUGUCUCCUGUACUUCUUUGAGUGCUGGGGAUGAACAAUUCUUCAAGAAUAAUACUUUCCUAAUGAUGAUUUUGGGUUUUUGUACUGCUGUCUUAGCCCAAACCAAUGGGACAGGGAGUCCCCUAUCUUUGAGAAUGCUUCUUGCUGGUGCUUGGUUUGCCCCAGCACCCAUUUCAGUGACUCUACUUGCUGCUGCUGCUAAGAAGAUUACUGUUACUGGAAAUGGGUUUGAGCAGUGGAAGGAACGUCUAAGACUCGCCUUAUGUUGCUGCAUAGCACCCCAAACUCGAUGUGAAACAGAAUCAGCUCUCCUUCUGGUAAAACUAGGCUUGGCAAGAAGAACAAAUAGACAGCCUGGAUGCUGGAUUCAGUUCCAUCCCAUCACUGAAAUAUUUAUGAGAAGAAAAGGAGGCUCAAUUGCUGCCAAGGCUGCAGUUCAAGGUGUGAAAAAAAUUGCAAACCCAGCAAUGAACUCUGACCACCUGUGGGCUUCUGUAUUCCUUGUAUUUGGGUUCAAAUCUGAGCCCCCACUUGUCCAGUUGAAGGCAAUUGAUAUGGUUCUCUUUAUAAAGAGGACUGCUCUUCCUCUUGCAAUCCGGGCCUUCACAGUUUUCUCACGCUGCAAUUCAGCAUUGGAGUUACUGAAGGUGUGCACCAAUGUACUUGAGGAGAUCGAGAAAUCAUUCGUGUCUCAGAUACAACAUUGGCAUCAUGGUUCACUUUGCUGGAGGAAGAAAUUCCAGUCUAACCAAAGGGUAGAUGAAUAUGUAUGGCAAGAUGUUACACUGUUGAAGGCUACAUUGCUUGAGACCAGAGCCAAGUUGCUAUUGAGAGGUGGACAUUUUGACAGUGGUGAGGAACUGUGUAGGACUUGUAUUAGCAUCAGGACGGUGAUGCUUGGUCAUGACCACUCCCAGACCUUGGCAGCUCAGGAAACACUUGCCAAGUUGGUAAGAUUCAGAAGUAAGAUAUGAAACUCUGUUUCCAUUAGUAAAAGAAGGAAAGGUCAUAAAGCAAAAGAGGGCCUAGUUUCCAUGGUUUUGUCCCUUUUAUUGGCAAGCAGCUCUCUGGUUUUGUUUACACUGAGAAGAUUAGUUACAUAUUGGAAAAUUUUUCCAUGCUCUUACUUUACAAUACAUGAGGUGCUGCUCAUUUCUAUUUUGGCUUUCCUGAUAAUUGUACCACUAAAAUUGAAAAGCCAAAUACUUUGAGUUGAUAUUGGGUACUCUAGCAGAAAAAUAAUAUAUCUAUAUCACCCUCUUCCACAUGUGAGAAGCUCAUUUUGGUAAA